CUGACUCUUCAGUUUGUGAGACCAGCUCGGUGUCCGGAGAAUAGUUACCUACCUACCUGCUCUGGGCUCUCCUGCUGCUAGUCUCCUUCCUGGUUCCGUUGCAUUAUCGCUGGGAUAUCAGUCCAUAUCGACUCUCUAAUCGUGCAUAUUAUAUAGGAGGACUCAUCUAUAGUGCAAAGAUGGCAGACACGCAGGACAAGCCACAGAGGGUUGAGCUGGAGUCACCGCUCCAGCAGGAGCAGGAGAGUCAGCUCAGCCUCUCCAGCAUUGGCCGGUUUCUCGUUACUCGUAUUCCUACUCUCGUGCCGCCCAUGCACCGGGUGCCCAACCCGAUCAAGGCGCUGACGCUGUUGAACAAACAACAGUGGCUGUUUUUUGGUGUAGCAUUCCUGGGAUGGACGUGGGACUCGUUUGAUUUCUUCACCGUCUCUCUCACUGUGACUCAGUUGUCGGAGUAUUUUGGAAAGUCCACCUCGGAUAUAACCUGGGGAAUUACACUCGUUCUAAUGCUUCGUUCUGUCGGCGCCGUCAUUUUUGGUGUUGCUUCGGAUCGGUAUGGACGAAAGUGGCCCUUCAUAGUGAACAACUUGCUGUUCAUCGUGUUGGAGUUAGGAACGUCUUUCUGUCAGACCUAUAAGCAGUUCCUGGCCUGCCGUGCCCUCUUUGGAAUCGCCAUGGGUGGUCUCUACGGUAACGCAGCAGCUACCGCGCUCGAAGAUUGCCCAUACGAGGCUCGUGGUGUAGUCUCUGGUAUGCUUCAACAGGGCUACGCUUUUGGAUAUCUGCUGGCUGCAGCCUUCUCGCGCGCACUUGUCGAUACGACACCGCAUGGCUGGAGGCCUUACUAUUGGUUCGCAGCUUGCCCUCCGGCACUCUUCAUUAUCUUCCGUCUUUGCCUGCCUGAGACGAAGGCCUUUCAGGAGCGACAAAAGGCUCGCGCAGAAAUGCGUGGAGGGGUGGCAGGAACCUUCCUUUCGGAGGGCAAGGUUGCUCUUAAGCGCCAUUGGCUGAUCCUGAUCUACUUGGUUCUGCUGAUGGCUGGCUUCAACUUUAUGAGCCAUGGCUCGCAGGAUCUCUACCCCACGCUCCUCAAAGCUCAAUUCAAGUUCUCCGCUGAUGCAGUUACUGUUACGCAAGUUGUUGCCAACCUCGGUGCAAUGACAGGCGGCACAGUCUGCGGCUGGGCUAGUGGAAUCUUUGGUCGCCGCUUUUCUAUCAUCUUUGUCAGCAUUGUUGGCGGUGCGCUGCUGUACCCCUAUACUUUCGUGACGUCCAAGAGAGUGAUGGCGGCCGCCUUCUUCGAGCAGUUCUGCGUCCAGGGCGCGUGGGGUAUCAUCCCUAUCCAUCUGAUGGAACUGUCUCCGGGUGCAAUUCGCACUUUUGCUGUCGGUACUGCGUAUCAAUUGGGCAACCUGGUCUCAUCUGCCAGCUCGACGAUCGAGUCAACCAUCGGUGAGCGCUUCCCGCUGCCGCCAGCGAAUGAUGGCGAGAAACGUUACGAUUACGGUACGGUUAUCUGCAUCUUCAUGGGUUGCGUUUAUGGAUUCGUGAUCCUCGUCACCCUUUUCGGGCCGGAGAAUCUCGGACAACAAUUCGACGUUGAGCACGACAGCGACCUUGCCGAGGUGGCUGCCACCAGAGGCGCCAGCAUUGACGCAAGUGACCCAGAGAAAGGAGUUGCCGUUGACAGAGCUAAUGUGACGCACUGAACUGAUUCAUAUGAAGAUAUUGGUAUGCACUUGGAUAGCAAGAAACGAGAUACCCAUGAAUUCUGUCCUUUCAUGCAAUGGAUGACUCAUGACAAGCUUGAAAGGGUUAGAUUAUAUAUAAUGAUUAUUCUUCAUGACCGUGUCAUGUCAUAAUGUCACUUUGCUACAAUAUCAAAUGAUGUCGACUUUGACAUAGCUUCACUUGUAUCUGUUUUGCUUUGGUGAUGGACCAGUGAAGGAUUAUCCUGUGGUCUGAAACUCAACCUUGUGGUAGUCUUCAAAACUUCAUUCUGACAGGAUAUCGCAUCCCAGUUGUAGACGCACCGCAGUAAUUCAAUGGUAGUUAAUGCUUGACCGUAUGUAGAU